AUGGCGGUUGUUGAUGUCCCCGAAGGCGCGGCCGGGCCCAGCCCGCCCCGCACUUCUGCCCAGGACCCCCCGAGAGGCUGGCGCUCAGCGCUCACCCAAGACGGCACAGCCAGAUGUGGGCCCCGGGAGGUCCCGGACCCUCCGCGGCCGUGGGCGCGCCGGGGGUCCCAUCCGGCCCCCCUUGGGGACCCUUCUCGGGGUCCGCUUGCUCACGGGCCGGUCCCCCGCCAGGUCCACGACUACCUUCGGAGCAAGCUCUGCUCGCUGUAUGAGAACGACUGCAUCUUCGACAAGUUCGAGUGCGCCUGGAACGGGAGUGACAGCAUGACCAUGACGAUUGCCUACAACAACUUCUUCCGCAUGUUCGACCGCAACACCAAGCGCGACGUGACCCUGGAGGCCUCGCGGGAGAGCAGCAAGCCCCGGGCCGUGCUCAAGCCGCGGCGCGUGUGCAUGGGCGGCAAGCGCCGGCGCGACGACGUCAGCGUGGACAGCCUGGACUUCACCAAGAAGAUCCUACACACUGCCUGGCACCCGGCCGAGAACAUCAUCGCCAUCGCGGCCACCAACAACCUCUACAUCUUCCAGGACAAGGCGAACUCCGACAUGCACUAGGCGCGGCCCUCACGACCGCCGCACGGGCGGGGGGGCUUUUGGGGCCUUGUCCCCGCUCCCCUGGCCGCGUGGCCCUUGGCAGCUGUGGUGCGUGGAAGCAAAGGUGGAAGAGCCAAGUUCGCAGCCACAGGGCGUGACGCCGACGGUUCAGGGUCUUUCGUCCACGCCUUCUCGGCCGCGGCCUUUGCCGCUCUCACCGGACUUUCCCUGUGUCUGGGUCCGUUCUCGCUCCGGCGUGUCAGCCGGCAGGGGCGUGGGGAGCGGCUCUCCCCACAGGCCCGGGGUCCCCCGUCCGACCUGGGCUUCGGGUGGCGACGGAGCAGCUUGCCUGUUCAGAGCCGACGGUCUCCCACUGCUCCGGGAUGGCGGGCGUCUGCCGAGGCUGGGCGGGGGCAAGCCCCUCCCUUAGGUUUUCUGGAUGUCUUCGGGCAGCCUGGGCGCCAGGCGCCAGGCCCCGUGCGGCUCCCGGGGCGAGAGGAGGGGCCGCGGGAGCCUCUCCGAGGGUGCCUGUCGUCCUUGCCUGACUUUGCCACCGUUUGCCCGGGCUCUGGGUUCUUCGCCUUCUUUUAGAGGCAGGGUCUCACUCUGUUGGCCAGGCUGGAGCGCCGUGGCGGGGGCCUAGCUCGCCGCAGCCUGGAGCUCCUGGGUUCAGCGGUCCUCCGGCCCCGGCCCCCCGAGUAGCUGGAACGACAAGCACACGCCACCACACCCGGCCAACUUUUGUGCUUUUUGUAGGGGUGGGGUCUUGCUGCGUCACCCAGGCUGGUCCCGAACUCCUGGCCUCCGUGCAGAGCCUGUGUGAGUGCCGGGCGCGAUGCUUGGCCUGGGAGGCGGCCGGUGUCCGCCCUGUGGCCCUCUGCAGGAGCUUUCCUGUGUCGUCUGUCUCUCAGCGUUGCGCGAGCUGACACAGGCUCCCACCCAGGAUCUUUUCGGCCCCUCCCCAUGGCCGCGAGGUCGGUGUCCACUCUUCCUCCGCAGACACCAGCUGCCUGCUUGCAGUGUGCCAGGCCCUGAGCUGGGCGCCAGGGGUCAGAGGUGAAUACGUACGAUGCCCCGCCCACACGGGGCAACCGAGGCUCUGAACAGACAAAUGGGUCGCUCUGGUGGCACCCGGGUCCUUGCACAUGGUCCUCUCCGGUCUGGCACGUUAGCGGCUCGUGUGAAGGCCACGUGCUCAUGGCAGGUUCUGGAAGGGCAGCGCCUCUGUGUCCUGUGGCGAGCAGGCGUAACGAGGCCAAGGCUCCCGGGAGAACGAAGGCGCAGGCCGCAUGGACAGCAUGCCCAUCGCUCUGCUCGGUGGCUGGGAGCACGGCCCGCCCGUGGACGUCCGCUUCGCCCUGCUCUUCCUUUCCAAAUGCACUGAGGACAUUGCAUGCUGUGACCGUCGUCGCGUCCGUUUCCUCUAAGGACACACCCCGUCCCAGAGAACACUGUCAUUCGGGAGGCCGCCUCUGACAGGGGGGCCGCAGGGCAUGUGGGGUGUCCACAGCCGGUCCUCCCGUCCGGCCAGGCCAGACCGCCCGGCCCACGACGUCUGUGCCCACGCGUUGCCGCGGCGCCACGCGGCUCGGCGUUUGAUUUGGAAAGCGAGCGCGGGGCGCCCGGCCCAGUCCAACUUUCGUUUUUGCCAGAUGUAACAUAACCUAGGAAAUAGACCAGCUGAGGUUGUCCUCAACGGAUCACGGUAUUCUUGUGUGUGUGUAAAAGCACAAAACGCAUGUGCACUCUCACUUCCGGCCAUAGAACAUGUACACAGGGAAAUGGAUCCAUUCGUUUUUGUUUUUAAAUCAACGUGAAUGAAGAAUGUUUGUUUCUAUAUUGCUGUAAAAUCCAGGUGGCCUGGACAGUAUUAUAUGUACAUAUCUCUUCUACUUAAAUUUACUUUCUUCCUCCUUGUAAAGGGGUCCGAGAAUGCGGUAAGUUGUACAGAAGUCUUGUCGAAGCCAAAACCCGGCGCUGAGGGCCUGGCCCACGCCCCGGACGGCUGGCACACGCCAGCUCCCUUUGGGGGGUCAGCCGUUCAGAGCGGAAACGUGUGUUUGCAGCUGGCGGCCACCGUUGAACCCGAGGUUUCACAUCUCCCCAUCUUACACGGUCUUCGAAAAGGAGUCUCAACAGGUUCCUAGUUCCUUCUGUUUCAAACCGUGGGUUCCAGAUCAAAAAGAAAGAAAGGAAAAGCUCCUCUUCGAAGAAAAGCGCAUCUUUGGACCCCUGGAAAAUGGCGACGCCCGGAGCAAGUCGUGGAUAAGAAAACGUGGGUUGAGGGGAGACGCGGGGGCGGGGGAGGCUGCGCCCGAACGGGCGGAAGGACCCGCGUGACCGUCACAGACGUGGCGCCCUCGUCCUGCUCGUCCAGCCGCCGGCCUUGAAUGCCCGCGGGCGCUCGUGCGGCCUCGUGGGGUGCGGGGCUUCCUUCGGUCUUGCUUGGAGCGCGCCGUCCUCGACGGGGCCGACCUCGGGGCGGUGCUGCUGUGCGUGGUGGCGAAGCUGUCAGGCUGCGCGUUCGGACUCGAGCUCAUCGGUGCAUUUUUCUUCCUUUGGUGUCUCACAAAGUAUCCAACUGUGGAAUAAAAUUAUAAAUAUGUUAAUACCAGCUUUUUCCAAUAAAAUAACAAAUGUUACAUCGACA